AUUAUCAUGUUUAUCCCAAAUACUCUUAAACAACAUGAGAUAGACACAUAGAAGAAAAAUAUUUAGCUGUUACUCGAAGUUAUAGAUUAUAAUUUAAAAAAGAUAUUUCUGGUCGAAAUCGAAACUACUAACUACUCUACUAAAUCUUUCGGUUUCGAAAUCAUUGUCUUCCGCUUAGGGAUCGUGUUUCCUUCAUGUCAGAUACACUUAGGCCAACUUGAAUUACUUUAGUUGUACUCUCUUUAUAUAAAGAAUGGCUCUUUUGGAUGUAAGUGGAUAUAAAUAUAACUCUGCGUCACAGUUUGGCUUUAAGCAAACGCAUCUUCUCGACCGGUCGAAUCACUACAGUUUUGGGACCAAAUGCCAGGAGUUCGCGGUACCCGUCGGAGUUGACCCCUCUAAGUUUCUGAAGUCAUGCAGUUGUGAGGAUGGUGUUUCCAUAGAUCUGAAUCAUGGCACCACAACCCUGGCGUUUAAGUUCCGUCAUGGAGUCAUUGUGGCUGUUGACUCCAGAGCAUCAGCUGGAAAAUACAUAGCAUCAAAGGAGGCCAAUAAAGUGAUAGAGAUCAACCCUUACCUGCUGGGCACCAUGUCAGGCAGCGCUGCAGACUGUCAGUACUGGGAGAGACUGCUGGCGAAAGAGUGCAGACUUUACAAACUGCGUAACAAGCAGAGGAUCUCAGUGUCUGCAGCCUCCAAACUGCUGUCCAACAUGAUGCUGGGAUACAGAGGCAUGGGUCUGUCUAUGGGGAGUAUGAUCUGCGGCUGGGACAAGCAGGGUCCAGGUCUGUACUAUGUGGAUGAUAAUGGCACUCGUCUCUCCGGCCGGAUGUUCUCCACUGGCUGUGGGAACAGUUAUGCGUAUGGUGUUGUGGACAGCGGUUAUCGUGAGGAUAUGACUGUGGAGGAGGCGUAUGAGCUGGGUCGUCGUGGUAUUGCUCAUGCCACACACAGAGACGCUUACUCCGGUGGUGUGGUCAACCUGUACCACAUGCAGGAGGACGGCUGGAUCAAGGUGUGUAAGGAGGACGUGUCAGAGUUAAUCCACAAAUAUAAGAAGGGAAUGUUCUGAUCUGAUCACUCAUUUAUCUGACAGUAAAAAUUAAACUGUUAUCAAAUCAAAGACGCUUUUGGU